AUGCGCGAGGCCGAGCGCUUGGAGUGCCGCCCCAGUCCCAUUGCGCCUGGCCCGCUGUUCAUGGAGCCGGCACCGUCGCCAUUGCCAUCACCAUCCAUAUCCAUGUCCAUGUCCAUGUCCAUGUCCAUAUCGGGUGACUCCUCCUUGGACGACCGCAGCCGGUCGGACUCGGGCGAGGUUGAUAUUGACCGCUGGGUUGAGUACGCUGAUGAUUGUGGUGGUUUUGGUGCUGGUGCUGGUAGUGGCUCUGAAGCUGAUGAUGAUGCUGUUGCUGUUGCUGAUUCUGGUUCUGGUUCUGGUACUGAUGCUGGAGCUGGAGCUGGUGUUGAUAUUGCUGCUCGCGAUGUUGGCUGUGUUUCGUCUCAAUGCCUCAAGGAUGUGGACGCGCGUGCCAAAGGCGGCAAUGCCAAGCUCCUCGGCCAGCACGGUGUUGGUCACAUAAUGCCGGGUGCUGUGUUCGUUUGUGUUGGUGCUUGUGGCCGUGGCUGUGGCUGUGGCUGUGAUUGUGACUGUAUCUGGGCGGGCUUGUGUGCCAACGGGGCCGCUGCCGCCGACGGUUCUGGCAGAGACGUGGUCAUAUUGCUAAUAGAAUGUAGAGCUCUUCUUUUGGGCAAAAAUGGCAGCGGCAGCGGCCGCGCCAUCCCAUCGGCAAAUGAUCGGGUGAUUGCCAAGGAAAACCCGCCGCUUUCUGCCUUUCUCGGCCUUUGGAUCGGCCGAUUCGGCAUUGCUAGCCACGCCCGGCUCGGCCCUGUUCAGCUCGCCAGCACUGCAGGCAGCGACGGCCGAACCACAGCCGCCAAGACGCUGCUCGCUCGCGCUUCUCUUUUGCCUCGGCGCUCUCGGAGCAACUUGUGA